GCUGCACUGCUCCUGGGUGGUCUCUGCUCUGGAUCUCGUCCUCAAAUCACCUGGAUGUGGAGAGGAACAGGAGAGAACGACUCUCCCAUCACAGGAAACAUCACUGAGUUCAAGACUGAGAAUCUGACUGCUGUCACACAGAGACACAGCUCAACUUUGACCUUUAACCCUUCAGCUGAACACAACCGCACCAAUGUCACCUGUAAGGUCAGCUUCACAAACAGCAUCACUACAGAGGAGACAGUGACUCUGAAUGUGACCUAUGUGAAGGAAGUUAAAAUCACCGGUAACACAAGUGUGAAGGAGGGUGAGACUUUGAAUCUAACCUGCAGUGUUGAAAGUUUCCCUCCAUCACUUAUUACAUGGACUAAAUUGCCUAACAAAAACACACAAAAUGGAACAAAAAGUGACCUGCAGGAACAAAGUGGAAUGGGCACUUUUACAAUCCAUAAAGUGACAACAAAAGAUUCUGGACAGUACAUCUGUACAGCAAAAUAUCUGAACAACACCCUGAAGGAAACAAUUGAUGUAGCUGUGAUAUAUAUGAAGAAACCUGUAAUCACUGGGAAUACAACUGUUGAGUGGGGACAUGCUCUGAAUCUGACCUGCAGUGUUCAAAGUUUUCCUCCUUCUCGUAUCACAUGGUCUAUUCUUGGUUCCAACACAAACCUGCACAUUGAACCUAAUACUGACCUGCAAAACAACACUGGAUCAGCCACACUUGUCAUCCAUAAUGUGACAACAAAAGAUUCUGGACAGUACAUCUGUACAGCACAACACCUGAACAACACCCUGAAGGAAACAGUUGAUGUAGCUGUGAUAUGUAUGCCACCAUAUGAAGAAACCUAUCACUGGGAUUACAAUGUUAAGGUGGAACAUGCUCUGAAUCUGACCUGCAGAGUUGAAGUUUUCCUCUUGUCUAAUAUCACAUGGACUAUUGGUGGUUCCAACACAAACCUGCACAGUGAACCUAAUACUGACCUGCAGAACAACACUGGAUCAGCCACACUUGUCAUCUAUAAUGUGACAGCAGAACAUUCUGGACAGUACAUCUGUACAGCACAACAUAUGAAUAACACGCUGAAUGAAACAGUUGAUGUAGCAGUGAUAUAUAUGAAGAAACCCGUGAUCACUGGGAAUACAACUGUUGAGUGGGGACAAACUCUGAAUCUGACCUGCAGUGUUGAAAGUUUUCCUCCUUCUCAUAUCACAUGGUCUAAUCUUGGUUCCAACACAAACCUGCUCAGUGAACCUAAUACUGACCUGCAGAACAACACUGGAUCAGCCACACUUUUCAUCCGUAAUGUGACGCCAGAACAUUCUGGACAGUACAUCUGUACAACAGAACAUCUGAAUAACACGCUGAAUGAAACAGUUGAUGUAACUGUGACCUUGUUCCCAAAGAUCUUAAAACACUCUGGAUGUAAGGUUCAAUCGAAGGUCCGGACCUGUGUGUGUAUCAGUGAGGGGUUGCCUUUACCCACCAUCAGAUGGCCGCUGUUGAAGAACCACACUGAGUACUCUUUCAUUACCACUGUGUCAAACCACACAGUCAACAGCACCGUCAGCCUAAGCGUAAAACACCAUAGCAACACUGUUGUUGAUUGUGUCAGCAGCAAUGAAAUUGGGGAAGCAAAAGAAAACCUCACAGUUCAAACAGACACUUCCGAACAAGAGGAUCAAUCCAGAGCAGUCUUAAACAUUGUUUCGUGGCUGGAAGUUGUCAUUGCCUUUUUUAUUGGGGUACUUCUUUCAGCAGUCAUUUGCUGUUUGGUAAAAAAAUACCACAGAAGAAAACUAGAGAGCUGUGGAAAUUUGGAUGAAACUCUGGAGAUGGUGACCAAUCAAAAGAAUCCACUGAUCGAUGUUGGUCAAGCAGUGGAAGAUGUCGAGUAUGCCACCAUUGAUUUCUCAGUGUUGAAAAGGAGGAGUCCCAGGGAGGCAGCAAACACACAAGAGACCACAGAGUAUGCUGAAAUUAAGAAAGCAGUAAAAGAGGAAAGAGAAGAGGAAGGAAGAGGCGGAGAGGAAGAAGGAAAUGAAGUGUUGGAUGGCAAAGAGGAGGCAAUGAUAGAGGAGGAUGAGGAGAUAAAACAACAUGUCCCGGAAGAGGAUGAAGGGGAGGACGCAGCAGUUUACUCCAGUGUGAAGGAUAUAAUGGGUGAGAUUUGUGACGACCCACUCCACCUCAUCUUCCUGUUCCUGGUUGUGUGGCUUGUCUUCUGUGCAGACAUAAUAUUCUACACUAACAAGAACAGAAAAGUUCAGUCAGGGUUCAAAGGACGAGUGUCACUGUUGGAGCCUGUAGUGAGUCUGAACAACUGCAGCAUCAUCAUCAAUGACAUCACUGAGUCAGACUCUGGAUCAUAUCAGCUCAGAGUUAAUGUGCUCCUGGUCUCUGCUCUGGAUCUCGUCCUAAAAUCACCUGGAUGUGGAGAGGAACAGGAGAGAACGACUCUCCCAUCACAGGAAACAUCACUGAAGCACCGUCAGCCUAAGCGUAAAAGACCAUAGCAACACUGUUGUUGAGUGUGUCAGCAGCAAUGAAAUUGGGGAAGCAAAAGAAAACCUCAUCGUUCAAACAGACGCUCCUGAACAAGAGGAUCAGUCCACAGGAGUAUUAAAAAUGGUUUCACGGCUGGAAGUCCUUAUUGCUUUUUUUAUUGGGGUAGUUCUUUCAGCAGUCAUUUGCUGUUUGGUAAAAAAAUGCCACAGGAAAAAACAGAAAAGCUUUGGAAAGCUGGAUGAAACUCUGGAGAUGGUGACCAGUCAAGAGGAUCCACUGAUCGAUGUCGGUCAAGCAGUGGAAGAUGAUCAGACCUACUACCAAGAGGCAGUUGAAGAUGGAGAAGGAGCUGUGGCAGAAGAGAAGGCAGCUCUUGAUCUUGAUGGUGAACCAAAAGAUGUAGAGUACGCCAGCAUUGAUUUCUCAGUGCUGAAAAGGAGGAGUCCCAGGGAGGCAGCAAACACACAAAAGACCACAGAGACAGAGUAUGCUGAAAUUAAGAAAGAAGUAAAGGAGAAAAGAGAAGAGGAAGGAAGAGGCGGAGAGGAAGAAGAAAAUGAAGUGUUGGAUGGCAAAGAGGAGGCAAUGAUAGAGGAGGAUGAGGAGACAAAACAGUAUGUCCCAGAAGAGGAUGAAGGGGAGGACGCAGAAGUUUACUCCAAUGUGAAGGAUAUAAUGGGUGAGAUUUGAGGACUAUGUUGCCUUGUGGAGUUUCUUGAGGAUAAAGUUUCUUUGCUCUCAUCAGAUGUGAUGAGUUGAUGUAAUGGACUGGUGAUGGAUUGAAGGUCCUGUGAACAGUUUCAGUGCUGUUAUAUUCACAGUGUUCAGCCUCAGCUGUGUUCGAACACCAGAAUCAGUCUGUGAUAGUGUGAAGUGAUCGAGAGACUCAACUCCUCUAGUCUGCAAAUCCAUUCAUUCCACUAAGGGUGGACUUUGCUCUGAGGGAUUUUUACUUUUGUUUUAUACCAGGAUAUGCAUGGCAAACAUGUUCCCUCACUUUCACCCUGUGUGAUGGUGUCUCUUUUUCAGCAUGGAACGAUCUGUUUGUUAGUUUGCCAGAUCAUUUUGGUUAAGACAGAACUAUCUUAACAACUAUUGGAUGGAUUCUUUUUGUACAGACAUUAAUGGGGACCAUAAAUGUAUCCCAAUUACUUUAGUUGCUUUUGCUCCACCAUGAGUUUGGCAUGUGCUUUUGAUUGAAAUGAUGUUGUAUUGCCUUGAAAUCUGUUUAAACUGUAUUAACUUAAGCAAUCCCUAAACUGUUUACCUUUUGUCUUUAAUGCCAAUUAGCAAAUGCUAACAUGCUAAACUAAGACAGUAAACAGAAUAAACAUUAUACAUAGUCAGUAUGUUAGCAUUGUCAUUGUGAGCUUGUUAGUAUGCGGAGAUUAGCAUUUAGCUCAAAGUACGGUUGCAGUUUCAGAGGCUCGUACUCCUGUUUCAUUUCCAUUUAGUGUGUCAGUUUAUCUCAGUACAAUAGUCACAUGGUUCUAGUAAAAAGGGUCCAGUUCUUUCAUUAGUCAUAUGAACAACAAUCAUAUUGAUGCAGUCUUGAAAUUAUUUCUGUCAUGCUCCCUUCAAAAAUGGUCACACAAUAUGUAUAAAGCCUGCAAGUAAAUAAGAAAUGGGGGAAAAGAGAAUCAUAGAAACAGGACAAAAUUGGACGAAGUAGGUAAUAGUUAGAUCCCGUCCGUAAGCAAUUCCAAUGACAGAGAUAGGGACAAAAUCUACAGCCCAAAAUGCAUUUCAAAGACAAAUCAUAGUAAAUAGGAGGCUUUAAGAGAAAUUAGUUAGACAAAUAACAAGUAAGUUACAGUGGCUGUGGUGUGUAAGAGCUUCAGCUGAACUUUGGGAAGACAUUUACAAGAAUGAGGACUUUUGUUUUUGUCCCUCAUCUCUUACAGUGGACUUGCUUUCUGUUCUCUUCGGGGUCUGUAUGUAUAGCAGGAACAAUUGCAGCAACCAAUUUUGAUGUACAUUAAACUGGUGUAACUGUAUGCAGACAUUCUUAUAUAAAAAAAUGAAUAAUAAAUGUUUGGCUCAAUUUGUCUCUAAAGGCCUGUUAACAGGUCAUAGAUUACUUCCCUUUUUAAUGUUUCAGAAAUAAACCUCACUCAGAGUGCUCAGUGAGUGAGUGUGUGACACAUUGGUUCUUCGAUCGAGUCCAUUGCAACAAAGCUUUUCUUACAUCUGGUACAGUCUGCAAUGUUUGCAGGUUCUGUAGUGAGUAUUCAGUAUGUAGGCAUAUAUUAAUAGGUAAAGAGAAACGUGUAAGCCGAUUUGCAGCUAAAAGAAAAUGUUUGAAUCUAGCACCUCAAAGUGUGAGGAGGAAGUUAUAGAGCGAGGGCAUGUUUAAAUUGUCACCAUUUCUGAGAACACAACUUCAAGAUUUUGUGUAAUAAACCAUCAAACCAUAAAAAAAUUGUUGCAAAAUGUGGUGGUAAAUACUAGAGGUUGCAUGUAGUUGAAAUUAAGAACUAUGAUUAAAAUACUUGAAUCUGCACGUAUUUAAUGCAUUACAUGUUUUCACACAUGAAUA